AUGCACAAGGCUCAAGCCCAAUACAACGUUCAACACCACGUCAGUCGUCCUCAGCACGCCGUCGACCCUGGGAAGCUCCCGGCACCCAAGUGCUACCAGAAUGCCACGAUGCCUCCCAACAAUAACAAACUGGUCGAUGCUGUCGACAGGCUAAUCACCCACAUCAUCCCCACUAAUCCUCGCGAGGGUGAAGACGCCGCCCAAAAAGGCACGAUGACUGUUUUGAGCUUUCCCGCUUCGCCAGCGAUCUCGUCCGAUGUCAAUCAUGCGUCCGACAUGAUCAAGCGCAAGCUGAUCCAGUCGAAUCCAAGCCAAGCCCUCCGCUUCUCAAACCUCUACAGCCGCCUGCUAUCGCUCCCCGUACUCAAGCAAAAAUGGGCCAUCCUCUACCUCCUUUACCAGCUCGCUGACUCCCCGGACCCAGAUGAGCCCCUCCCCUCGAACCAGCCCCGUCCCGCCAUCCUCUCGAGGCCCGUAGCCGCGGAUGAAGAGGUUUUCAAUGAGGCGUUUGCGCAGGGCGGACUCAAGAAAUUCCCUCCACAGCCGCGAGAGGCGAAAAGGGCCGACGAGGAGAAGGAGAGGCAUACACCCGAUGCCACCAAGGAAUCACCUAAGCGAGAGGUAGCAUUAAAGUCAAGGCAUUUGGCUGACAACUACGUCGACAUCGACCCGUCCGAGCCGUCUCUCUUGCGCGAUCUACCUUUUACCCUGCAGGGACUCUCUUCCACAACGAUGCCCUUCGAAAGGCUGGAUACCCUCAGCCUACCCCCUACCCUCCCCGCACCUAUAAUAUCACUUUUACACACCCUUGCCGAGCCGUCUUUGCUGUACAAGAGUCUCGAUACCUUUGUGAAAUCCCAGGUCAAGGGUCUCCUCGGCCAGAGCCUUAGAGCAGCUAUUAGCACGGAACUCAAAUCGUACCUAAGCUUAAUCGCUACCCUCGAAGUCCAAAUUCGGCGUGCUCUCGCGUCGUUAGAUGAGGAUGCUCCGCGCCGAGGGAUUGGAAAGGCAGGAGUAACUCUCAAGAGAUGCGUGGUCUGGACGAGAGAGGCUACCAUGGGCCUACGUCUCAUGUGCCUCAUCGCGGAGGAGUCAGAGAAACAGAGGGGAGGGAAACUGAUCUCGAUGAUACAUAGCUACUCUUCCUCUUAUGGUGACCCGAUGGUAGCAGCGUUUGCCGAGCGGCUCCUGGGGCAGUUUACCCGGCCAUUCUUUGACAUUCUCCGCCACUGGAUCUAUGACGGCGAGCUUCUUGACCCCUAUCUCGAGUUCUUCGUCAGAGAACAGGCGCACGGCGAGAAUGACGCCAACAAGGCCAAGUCAGGGGAAACAGCGUCUGGGAAGACAAUACUCAAGGCCGCCUCCAAGGAGCUGCGCUAUGGGGACACGGCGCGGCUGGAAGCCUGGAUCGACGAGGCGUACAAGACCACCAUGAAACGCCUGAUGGACCUCAUGGAGACCAAGUUCCACCUCUUUGAGCAUCUGCAAGCCCUCAAAAACUACAUCCUUCUCGGCCAAGGCGACUUCAUCGCCCUCCUCAUGGAAUCCCUCGCGGCGUACCUCGACCGGCCCGCGAGCGCGCAGUAUCGACACACUCUCACGGCCCAGCUCGAGAACGCCAUCCGGGGCUCCAAUGCGCAAUACGACUCGCCCGAGGUCCUUCGGCGCCUCGACGCGCGCAUGCUCCAGCUCUCGCACGGCGAUAUUGGCUGGGACUGCUUCACCCUCGAAUACAAGAUCGACGCUCCCGUGGACGUGGUCGUCACGGAAUGGGGCAACCGCCAGUACUUGAAGGUUUUCAACUUCCUCUGGCGCAUCAAGCGCGUCGAGUUCGCCUUGGCCUCGACCUGGCGCAAGUGCAUGACGGGCGCCCGCGGCGUCCUGCAAAACGGAGACCCGGCCGUCGAGGAGACGUGGAAGUCCACGCGCGGAGUCCUCGCGGAGAUGAUCCACUUCGUCGGCCAGCUCCAGUACUACAUCCUCUUCGAGGUCAUCGAGUCGUCCUGGGGCGAGCUGCAGAAGCGGAUCCGCCGCGAGGGCUGCACCCUCGACGACCUCAUCAAGGCGCACACGCGCUAUCUCAACGACAUCACCCACAAGGGCCUCCUCGGCGCCCGCCGCCGCCACGCCGUCGACCCCGUCACCGGCGAGGACGACCGCACCUCGUACCUCUCCCAGCUCGGGGAUCUCCUGCGCACCAUGCUCGCCUACCGUAGCUCGGUCGACGGCCUCUACAGCUGGAGCGUGAGCGACUUUACUCGACGGCAAGAGGCCGACGUCCGCGUGUCCACCCUCUCCCGCCUCCGCGCCGGGCCCAUCGACGACGGCCUCACCCCGGGUCCCCCGGGCACCUCUUUCCGCACGCGCCUGCAGAUCCUCCUCGGCGACCUCGCCUACCAACCCGACGUCGACAUGCGCUUCCUCGGGGUCGCUAUGAACUUCAACGAUGUCUAUCAGCCGGCACGGAGGAAAACCAAGGCGCCGCAGUCGGCGAGCAGUGCCGUUGGGGCAGGUGCAUAG